CCAGCAAUUCCUGCAUCAAGCUCCUAACUUUAAAUAUCAAUUAAGAAUUUCAAUUGAUGGACUGAAGCUAGCUUCUCUUCAUGCAUUGAUUGUUCAAUUUACCUUUAAUGAUGAGUACAAGGAAGAUUUGGCCAUGAAUAAUUCUUGUUUCUUUGUGUCUCUUCCAGAUUGCCCGAAGCACAGUUAUUUCAUAAAUAAGGGCACAGAGAAAUCAGGUAUAACAGGAGCCCUCAUCAGUAAAAUUCCAUUUACCCAUCCAAAGUGUGUACCUCCUAUAAUUGAGAUUCUUCGGCAUCAAGUGGCAUAUAACACUCUUAUUGGCAGCUGUCUCUCUGAGAACACUAUAAACGAAGAUUGCUCAGAGCUGCUUUAUUUUGAAGUGUCUCCACAAAAGGGCACUAGCUUUUCUAUCUCAUUCCAGCAUCCUAUGGGGGAGAGUUUAGCCUGUGUGGUAGCUGAUGUCUUGAGCUCCAGACGAAUCAGAUGCAGUCUUCAUACAAAUCCUCAAGAUGUAACUCUAAAUUGCUGCAAUGACUUUAUCUCAAGAGUCAUGGAGCGUUGUAUGUCUGUCCCUCUCGUCAUGAGAGCUAUUUUCAAGAAUGCUGUCACUAUGAAAGUUGAUGGUGAAAUACAAAAUAUGGAAGUUAUCUCUGAGCAAAAUCCUGAAGUGACCUGCAAGCAAACUACGUCUUCUAACAGUACAGGAGCAAAUAUUUCUGGAGCCAGCAUGCAAAAUUCAUGUGAUGGAAUGGAGGCAAGCAGCUCCACGGCCAAUAUUGAGUGUGCGAUUUGUGAUAUAUCAGUAUAACUAAAGCAAAUACUCAUCUGAUGUUUACUGUGGUUCCAUGUCACUUUUUUUGUAGUGUGAUCAAUAGACAUUGUCUCAAGAAACAGUAGAGGAGAAUUUGGCAAGAUCAAUACUUCUGUCUAGCAGGAUUUCCUCUUAGAAUUAAAUCUUUUCAACCCUGCAUAUUGCUAAAUAAAAAAAAUAAAUAAAAAAAAAUUUGAGAAUAUAAACGCAAAUUUGAAAAGUCAAAUUAUCACUACUGUAGCAACCUUAAUUUAACCCAUAAUGCAUAUAUGGGCAUGUAGUUACUUAGGUGAUGGUGGUUUGUUAAAUAUUUGUAGAUGUACAUAUAAUAUAACAUGCAAUGUGGCCAAGUUAUAUUGCUGAAACCUUAAGAUUUUUUCUUUUUUGUGCAGUUCCAUUUAUUAAACCAAUGUUGCAUUAACUUUUUUUAACAUGUAAUCAAAAAAUUUGUAAGAAAGGUGGAAGGGGAAAGGAACUAUUGUUAAACAGUCUGCUAGUAAGCUAUUUUGUGCACAAAUGCAAUUUGAUGCAAAUGAGUUGACUUGUACUAUUCCCCAUGGAACUGUGUAGUAAAUUAAAAGCUUUCCCCCCUCCUGUAUUGGUUUAAUAUCCUCUUUUUGCAAAAAGUUCUGGAUGAGGGGGGUAUGGGUAAUACAGGUGUGCAAUAAAAUAAUUUUUCAAACAAAUGGCUGUGUAAAUUUUUUUUUUUUUUUUUUAGUUAAAUUCUGCCCAGUGACUUGUAUUCAUGAAGAAUUAGCCUACUAUUAGGCCUGAAAACUUAAACUUCAGUUGUUGGAGUACAAAAAUGUUACAGCAGAAUUAUAGGGGUUUUGUGUGUUUUUUUUUUUUUUUUUUUUGUUUUUAACUACUCUCAAAUCCACUCAAUGUAGGUGGUAAACAAACCCUCCACAUUUGUUUUUGGCCUCUGACUAAACAGGCUUUCAACCAGAUGAAAACUUAUGUAGUGGCAAUUUAAAACAAGAAUAGAUAGUGAGAAGUCCUCCUCAGCAUUCUUGUCUUGUAGGUGCUAAAAUUGAUUUAUAUGGUGAGAAAUGUGCAUAAGACAGUACUGAACAAAUGAAUACUGACUUACUAAACAAAACAGACUUCAUGCCCAGAAGAAUUUGCAGUCAGCUUAAACAAAAACAACAGAAAGUGACAAAUGCAGUGUGUUAGGAUAAAUAAGGAGACAGCCAUAAGAAAUGUGGCUGGUUAUGGGAGCAGUGUGUAGAAAAUUGUGGCUAAUAUGCCUGUGGCACAGAGUCACCUCUUCAACUAGUCUCAGACCUGACAAACCCUGUAAGCAGUAUAUUUGGUGUAGUAUUUGUCCAUAAAAAGUAAAAUGUAACGUCUCAUAAGUUACAUGCUUUCAAUAAUGUUCAUAAUUACAUCAUGCUGUGAGUACAGGUACUAGUUAAGCAUAACUAACUGGAAACAGCUGAAGGAGCAGGAAAGCAUUCUUUGAAGCCUGAAAGUGUGAUCGAUCAUGUCUCAGUAGAAGAGGCAGGGGAAGAACAACAGAUGUGGUAACUUUAUAAGAGCCAUUUUAGUAGAGGGGUAAGGCCAAGUCAGAUUUCAGGGAAACUGGUAUGCCAAGCAGUAGGAGCAGAAAGUACCUUUAUAAAAGUUUAAAGAGGGAAAAGGGUGGCAAUUGCAUUUUUAAAAAAAAAUCUCAUGGCACAUCAUAAGGUUUUCUUAAUUGAAUUAAAUAUUAAAAUAAGUUAACAAGGGCUACAACGAGGCUAAAAUUUCCAGCUACAAGAGACUCUGGUCCUGUGAUAACCUUAUUACAAUACUCUAGCUUCCAUUUUGGCUUUCCCCUCAGAUGUAGGGUAUACCAGGUAACAAAAAUGAAAGGUUUAUUUAAUGCCUUAAGGAUUACCUGUCCAUCUAAUCCAGUCUCUUGUCUCCCACAGAUGGUGAUAAUGCUGAUGUUUCAAAGGAAGAUGAGAACUGUAGCUAUGGCAAAAAAUUUAGUACCCUGCAAUACCCAAAAUAAGGAUGAGAGAGAGGGAAAAUAAUUCUCCUCACCAACACAAGCAAAACCCACUUCACUCAUUUGGCAUGACAGGUACUAUUACCCAUAUUUUGAAUUAGGGGUCAGACACUGCUGUGCAUAACCACAUCAGAAGGCACAGUGAGUCUCCACAGCUUCAUCCCCAUCACUUCCCAAGCAAGCCCCAAAAUCCUCACCCCCCCCUUUGUCUCUGCAGGAGCAGCCAUAGUACUUUGGCUCUGCACUUCACACAAUAGUUGUGCUGCAUUUUGAGUACCUUAUACCUAUAGCGGAACUGGCCUACAUCCUCUAUUGUAUGUAGCCAAAUGCACAAUGCCAUAGGUGGGUGGCAAUUUUUUAUUUAAACCUUUGACAAUCAGAUGCAUUACUACAAGUGGCAAAAAUCAUCCAAGAUUUUCCUACUAUAUAAUUGAUAUCCAGUGCCCAACAGAUUUUAGUGUGAUAUUCAAGAUGUAUGCAGUUUUGCUUAGAUCCUCUUGCCUUUGCUAGUUUAAGUAGCUUUCUUGGAAAGUUACACAUAUAAGGUGGUAGGCACUGCUUUAGAAUAUGCUCAAGUACACUACAGUUCUACUUUAAAUAGAGAAACUGAAGUUAGCUGCCCAGUCUUAAUAUUUACAGCUUGGUAAAAUACUGGUGAGGGGGAGAGCCUUUUGUGUUUUAACCUCCUGCUUCAGAUGAAGUUUUGCCCUGGGUACUGUAACCAGUUUCAGUGAAGUGAUGCUCUGAAAGCAGAGCGAAUUACACCAGAGAUUUGUGAUACACAAUUUGAUGUAAUGCAAGUCUUUGUUCUAUUUUGAACAAAUUAAAUUGGCAAAAACAUCACUCAAAUAUUUAAACAAAAAGGAACACAUGCUGCCUAUUUCUGUACGUGCAGUUCCCACUUGUUCAAAGGAGUUCUCCACCCAGACUACCUUCUAAACCAAAUAGCAAUAUUUAUUUUAUUUUUGGUACUCUGGGAACUACUGUUUUCUAGGAAUAAGACAAGAAUCAUUCAGUUCCUUUUUCAGAAAAGAAUAUUAAAAAGGGCAAGUUAAAUAAAUUAGAGGAAAAUGUUAGUCCUAGACAGUAGGAGACACAUAAAUGCAUAGCUGUCUAAUUCUGCA